AUUGACAUUGGGCAAAUGUUUAUCGAUCGGGACGGAAAUUAUUAUUUCGUUCUGCAGAUAGGCUUUGCGUGGAUUAGCCCCACAUAUGUUGUCGACACGCGGCACGUGGAUCCCAUGUCGUGCUUUACGAAGAAACGAUUAAGUGAAAGCGAUGUGACAUCCUGAGCGAGUGAUUCUACCAGUUGGCGACUUGGGAGCGUGUACGAUAAGUCGAACCCGGAAUUGCGAGUUGUUUCAUUUCAAAACUUGGGUGUCAGAUCUAAUAAGACGAUGUGUCCAGAAACUAGGAAGAUGACUUGGAGCACAUGUGGACGACAGCUCGGAACACUGGUACUUGUGAUUCUCCUCACAAACACAGCGACAUCCACGAUCGAUGUUGACGAAGAGCAAUGUAUGCCGGAACAGGUUCACCUGUCCUAUGGGAACACAUUGUCCGAGAUGGUCGUGAUGUGGGCGACGCCCAGCAACUGUACCACAGCUCUCGUGUAUGGAGACAAAGAAUGGGGCUUCCAUAACACAGCAAAUGGCAGAUCCGUCAAAUUUGAUGUGCAGAAUCCAAACGGCAUCCAGUAUCUACAUCAGGUCAAGCUGCAGAACCUGCAAGCAGAGACAACAUACCACUACAGCCCCCUCAGUAACAACAUUGGUGCCGGCCCUUUCUACUUUAAGACACCACCAGCUGGACAGGACUGGUCACCAAUGUUCCUGGUGUACGGAGACCUCGGCAUCCAUUCCUACACCAUCCCCUCACUCACAGACGAGGCGCUGUCUGGGGAGUACACCGCCGUGCUGCAUGAUGGGGGACUUAAGCCAUGGUUUCUUAGUACAACCUGCAUGAUAAUGGGGAAGACGGUUGGGGACUCGUUCAUGCGGCUGAUACAAGGUAUCUCCUCCCAGCUUCCCUACAUGACAUCGGUGGGCAACCACGAAAUCAACGAAGACACAUUCGCACACUACCGCCACAGGUUCUCUAUGCCUGGAUCUGAUUGGCCAAUUCCUCUAGAUAAGAUGUGGUACAGCAUUGAUGUGGGACCUGUGCACUUAAUCAGCUAUUCCACAGAGGUGUUUUUCACUCUGGACAAGAAGUAUGUUAACACGCAACAUGAUUGGCUACUUAAGGAUCUGAAACAAGCCAAUGAGAAUCGAGCAAAAUGUCCAUGGGUGGUAGCCUAUGGACACCGUCCAAUGUAUUGCUCCAAUGAUGACAAUGAUGAUUGCACCAAGCCAGACUCUCUAGUCCGAGCGGGAUUGGAGGACAUUUUCUACCACUUUGGAGUUGACAUUGUCAUCCAGGCCCAUGAACACUCCUAUGAGCGUCUCUGGCCCCAUUACAAGGGUGUGGUAAUUGCCAACAACUACACCAACCCAGGGGCUCCCGUGCAGCUCAUUACUGGUGCAGCUGGAAGCAAGCAUGGGCUGGACCUUAUGGCUAACAGGACUGAUGAUCCUUGGUCAGCCUUCAGACGAGACAAUGGCUCCCUGAACAGCUAUGGCCGCCUGGAGAUCGUCAACUCAACUCAUGCAUUAUGGGAGCAGAAGUCUGCCAUGGACCAUGACCUUAUGGAUUCAAUUUGGAUCGUGCAAGAAAACCACGGACCCUUUAAGACAGAAGAACUGCCAGCGAAUCUGACAAAAGAAAUUGAAGAAACCAUUGAGGCUACUGGCGGUAAGCCGACAUUCUCAGAAACUGAGACAGUAGAUACAAAUUCUGCGAUUGUUGAAGAUGACAAUAAGCAACGAAUGGCUAUUGGAAUAGCAUUUGGUUGCCUGGUUGCUGUUGUACUAAUUGUUGUGAUAGCUGUGAAGAAAUGUCGGCGGAAAAGGAAAGCUGUUCGGAGGUGGGAACAGAUGGACUUCAAUUACGGGAAAAAGUUCUAUUCCCCUGCCAAAGAUCUGGACAAGGAAUUGGAUAAUGAUUUUGAGAUCGAUAUGAGUGACGGAACUCUUCCUACAACCAAAUUGCUGUCGGACGACUAGCCGAAACAAAAUAUGCAUAAUGUCAAACUGGACUACUAACUUUGUGAUGCCUUGUGUUACCAUGGUUACAGCCUUAGAUGUAUGUAAGGCUGGAUAUUCAUCAUUCCAUUGUAAGGAAACAUUUUGUGCCUUAUUCACCAUCAUUCCACGCUUUCUCCAAAUGAUUGUUUGACGUUGUGAUGAUGUUUUACUGUGUUGAGCAUAAUAUAUGCAAUGAGUCAUAGCGAUCCACAUGCUGAGCAAGGCCUAUUUCACAAAGGGAUCUUAACAUUAAGGUGAUCGUAACUCCUGUAUGUUGACAUCGACUAAAGAUCGUAGUAGCGCUAGGAUCGCUUUGUGGAACCUACAUUGUAUGAUGUAUGACUGUGUUGAGCAUAAUAUCUGCAAUGGGUCAUAGCGAUCCACAUGCUGUGGGAGUCCCCAUUCCA